GCGUGACGUCACAAUUAAUGGCGCACUUCACCAGAGGGUUUGAGGGAGGUGGCCGUACUUCUCCGAAAGGGAAAUUGCGGCUGCACGUUCAACCCGGCACUGUGACGUCCAGUAGGAAAAGGAGGGGCCUGCGUUGGAGCUGCGGCCGCUGUCUCCUCGACCCGGCCUGGGACAUGUCCUUUUGCCCGGCGUCUGCAGAGCCCGGGCUCGUAGGUCCCCUAGAACCGUCCCACGUUCCCCACACCCCGAUUCCGUGGAUUAGGAGCUCCAGCUCCCGGGUUACGGUCGGGUAUGUCUCCUGCGACUGCGCAGUGGCUGACGGCCGAGCUGAGAGGCAUCCUUGGGUCCUGGCCGGCUGGGGCCGCUGCCCUGACUUCCUCUGAGCGGACCUGGGCUCUGGAGGGGGUGGAGGCCGAGACCCCGGGAAGAGUCUAGGAGGAGGCGGACACAGAUGGGGCUCGUCCCUCCUAGGACGGAUUCACUUGGGCAGAAGCAUCUAGAGACCCUCAGGUUACAACAGGUCACCUAUCGAGAAAAGGAUCCUGAAUCUAGGUGGCUUCACACAACAGCGAGAUGCUUGGUAACUCGGACCCACCGAGAGGAGACUAGAACCGUCUGCAGGGAGCAAGCGUGGUCCCUGGACUACUGGCCACUGCAGUCUUACUACAGCAAGAGAAUAGUGGGAGGAGGAGAGAUGACAAAGCAAAGAUGAAGACUGAAGGAGAGACCGCACAAAGUGCAGGGGGACAGAGCAGCACUGCCGCACCCGAGAGGGAGGAGAAGCAGAGAGAGGGGCAUCCUUAGGCCAGGCUAGCUGAGUUCAAGAACAGAACCUGAGACAUCCCCGGCUCGUCAGCGGGGAGAAAGCGGUGCGGGAGCCAGAACAGGUGCAGAUCAGAGACCACCAGGAGUGCAUGAUUCACAAGCCGGAGCUUCUAGAGCAAAGGCUCAAGGAAAGAAUCCUGAGAGAAACCCAGAGCCACGCCCUCCCUCCCGAACCCAAGCGCGAGCCUCCGAA